UGCGCACUGAGGGUCGUGCUCGGGCCUCGUGUAUGUGGGGGCGGUGGCACUGGCUCUGCUAGCUGAAGGGCACUGCCUUGACUUCUGUCUCCUGAAAUAUUUCGUUAGCUGCUCACUCAUGGUGUGAAUUCUUCGAAGCGUAGCGUCAAAGAAGACUCAGUAGCUGGGCAAUAUGGAAGUCAUGAUACUACAGAUUGAAGAUCCAAGUUGCUUUUGGGUUACUAUGAAAGGAUGUGGGCCUUACAUAGUUGAUGAAAUAGAGUAUAAAAACCUGAAUGCAGAAAUGAAUCAGUUCUAUGACAAAUCUUGUGAAAAUGUGGAUGAAGUAAAGCCAGUAACAUUAGAAAAAGGCCAGAUUUGUGUGGUUUUCAGUGAAGAACUGAAAUGCUGGUGUAGAGCAGUUAUUAAGUCAAUCAUGUACUGUGCAGGUCAUUAUCAAACAGAAUGCUUUCUUGUGGAUUACGCCAAAUACACUUUUGUUAAAACAAAGCAUGUUCGAGUUGCAGUGAAAGCAUUUAUGCAAAUCCCAUAUAGAGCAAAAAAAUGUAGAUUGUAUUGCACAAAGCCAGUGACGUUGCGUAUCAACUUUCGUGAAGAUACAGCAAAAAUAGUGCCAGCCCAAAGAUGGGAUAAUGCUGCUACUCAGUAUUUUCAAAGCCUUCUGAAAGCAACUACGCAAAUCAAAGCCAAGUUAUGUGCUGUAGAAGAUAAUACAUUUGAUGUUAUUCUUUAUGUGACAAUAAAAGAUGAAAAGGUAUGCAUUAAUGAUGAUCUUGUCUCAAAGAACUUCACUCGCUUUGUGGAAACUGAAGAGAAUACUGGAAGUCCUGCAAAAGAUCAAGAGAACCAGACAUCAUUAAAUGUUGAGUCUUUUCCAGCAAAAAUCGUUGAUCCUACACUUGCUUUCAGGCCAGUGCUGUUCGAGGAGAAAGUAUCAAUGAAUCUUGAAACAGGUCAUAGUGUUUCUAGUUCUUUUCCUGAGAAGACGUACCAAAGGUCAAGCACAGAUCUAAAUGAAAGUACUGAAUCUAUUGUCAAAGUAUUUCCGGGCUUGCCUUGCAAGGAAAAGUCAGCUGUUCACACAGACAGGUUCCUGCAGUUCUUAAAUUCUGAUCCUCUGAAGACUCAUAAAAUUGAAGAUAACCAACAGAGUUCUCACAGUCUUACUGAAGAAGGGAACUUUGUCUUUCUUAGCAACAAGAUAGAGCCAUCUUCAAUUCUGGAAAAAGCACCACUUUAUGAUGAUCUGAAAAAGGAACUUACUCGGGAAAAAUUCUUAGGCCCUACCUUCACAGAAUCUUACUGUUGGCCGCCAGUUGCUCGAGGAUGUGAUGUAGUUGCCAUCUCACAUCAAGGAAAUGACCCUUUUUUAUAUAUUCCACCAGUUCUUACGUUCUUACAAUUGGGAAGCUGCUACAAAGCCUUGCCAAACAGAAAUGGACCACUAGCACUUAUUUUAUGUCCUGGCUGGAAGAAGGCACAACUUGUUUUUGAGUUACUGAAAACUUACGGCAGAUGUUCCAGACAGCUUCAUCCAACAUUGAUAAUACUUGGGCAGAAUAAAGAAGAAGCUAAAAGAGUGAAAAUUCAAGGAUGUGAUGUAAUUGUGACUACACCAUACAGCUUCCUGAGACUGUAUGAACAUAACUGCUUAUUGUUUUGUAGACUUUGCCAUCUUGUUUUUGAUGAGAUCGAGGUACUGUUCUCUGAAGCUACUGAACAGGUUUUUACCAUAUUAGAUUGCUACAAGCAAACCAUUAUUACUGAAGAAUGGGAAUAUUUACCGCAUCAAAUUAUUGCUGUUGGAACUCGUUGGAAUAAACAUAUAGCACAUUUAAUAAAGGAGUUCAUGAACGAUCCUUAUGUUGUGAUAACAGCUAUGGAAGAAGCUUCUAUUUAUGGAAAUGUACAUCAGGUUGUGCAGCAUUGCGUGAGCAGUGAGAGAACUGCUAUAUUACUCAAAAUACUGGAUUUUACCCCUAAUCAUCUUCAGAAGGUGUUGGUUUUCACAGAUUCAGCAGAUGAAGUAGAAAUGGUACAUCAGGCACUGAAGAGCAACUCAAUAUUUGCCUUGAAAAUACAUAAAGAAAAGGAGUUUAACUUCACGUAUGUCUUAGAGUACUGGACAAAAAGCUAUGCUUCUGGUAAUCAUGUUGUAUUAGUUUUAACAGACGACUGCAUGCAGUUUUUGGGAAUUACAGAUGCGUCUUGCGUGAUACAUUUCAGUUUUCCUUCUUCUCCAAGAAUCUUUGGUCAACGUCUAUACAACAUGUCUGACAACUUCCAUAAUGUGAUAGAGGAAUCAUCUGUAGAUCAGGAACAUAUAAAGGCAAGGUCAGUCAUACUGCUAACAGAAAACAACACAUGUCAUGCUCUUGGGAUCCUGCGCUAUUUGAAGCGUGCUGAAGCUGAAAUUCCUCCAGAACUGCACGAUUUUACAGCCAGGGUGCUAGAAGCUGAAGAAGAAAAGAAGUUUGCAAGGCCACUGUGCCCCUAUCUUAAAGCAUUUGGAAUUUGCAAGAAUAGAACAGUGUGUCCAGACCGUCAUCAAAUUAAUUUACAAAUAGACAUGCUCCAGAAUAUGCCAAAUAAAAUUACACAAACAUCUGGACUUGUGACAAUACUGCCUCUCCACAUUGUAAAUGCAACAGACUUUGGUCGUAUAGUAGAUAAACAACAGGACCAAUAUACAACUCUUGCUGAAGAAAUCAAUGAAUAUUUUAAGGAGACUAGUAAUCAAGCCAUUAAAAAGGUGGAGAAGCUAGCUCUGUAUGGAUUAUGUGAGGAAACAGUUUUUCACAGGGUUCAGGUGGUAGAGACUCCUCCAAAAGAAGAAGAAGAAAACUUGCUUAAUGUCAAAAUCAAAUACAUAGAUGAAGGCAGAACACGUCAAGUUCAGAGCUCUCAGCUUCUUCACUUACCUGCAAGAUUUCAGCAUCUGCCACCUCAGGCUGUGGAAUUUAUUGUUUGUAGAGUGAAACCCAUUGAUAAUGAAAUUGAAUGGAACCCAAUGGUAACCCAUUAUAUUCAUCACAAAAUUAAAGGAAAACCACAUGAAGCAAAAAUAGUACUUACCCUAGGAAAUACAGUUUGGAUUGACCAAUGGUAGGUAUGGUAUUGUCGGGUUACCAGGCUUUCGGAUUUGAAGAUGUAUGUCAAUGAAUACAGUGUGCGGUCUGAGAUUCUGUCUACGGGUCUGGGAACUGACAAUCCAGAACACAUAACGCAACUCCAGAAUUUAUGUGUACAUGUGAAGGAACUAAAUCACAUGAACAACUUGGAGCCUUCAAGCAUAAAGGAGGACACAGCCCAUCCAGAGAAUGUGUCUGAUCCUCAGAACAUGUCCAUACAAGAAAAUUCUACUGAAAACUGUAAAUCUUCUAAAAUGACUAUGGGGAAUCAUCUGUGUGAUGGUAUAGCUCAAAAUAAGGAAGCAGAAGACUCCACCCUGCAUCAGCAUAAAUGCUUUUAUCCAGAAAUAAAAUGGUUUCAAAAUGAAGUGACUGUUACAGUGAAGGUAAAAAUAGCAGGUAUUGCUGACUAUAAAUGUGACUUUUCUAAAGAAAAGGUAAUUUUCAGUGCUUGUUCAGGAGACAAACUUUAUUUGGCUGACAUGGAGCUACAUCAGUACAUACUUACAGAAAAGUCAUCGUGUGUGAUUAAGGAUAAAGAGGCUGCUAUUAUCCUCACAAAAGAGAAAAAAAGGAGCAUGGUGAAGUUACUAAAGAACAAGAAUCCUCAUGUGUCUUUUGAUUUUGAACACUGGGAAGAUUUUGAAGACAAGGGUCCUUUUCCAGUUGGUAGUAAAAAGCUGCAUUGCACUUCUGCAGUGACCGAAGAUCUGGUUGAGUCUUCAGACGACAGCAGUGUAGAAAGUGAUGAGUAAUGUGGAGAUAGAUCUUUAUUGUCUGUUAAGGAUAACGUUGCAAAAUAUUGUCUAUUGCAUGACCAUUCCCCCUAAAAUCGUUGAAACUGAACGUAUAGGUUGCAGAACUGUGUUUAAUUUUUGGAAGAAAAUAGUAAGUAAAGUCCUUCUUGUGUUCUAAGCAUCUGAAAAAAAAUACUUUCCAGAAGAACUUCAUGUAUAUUGUCUAGUGCUUUUGCUUCAAAAUUGUUGGCUUUAAUGAUGAUGUGUACAUGUGUACUUUUAAGUAAUUAAAGAGCUUUACUUACUUGAGUUUGCUGUGUUAGCAAUAGUUAGUAGUUUCUGCAAUUUCACAAACUCUGAUGGUCUGUCAAUUAUUUCUACAUUAUCCUUCACACGCAUACAGAAUCAGUUUUGUAGCAAUUGCCUGUUUCAGUUCUGCAUGAAUAAAUGAUGCCUGAACUCAGAUGGCAAUCUUUACCUGACUGGAAAUACAUGGACUUGGCGUGAAAUACUGUACUGUGCAGCUAACUAUUAGCAAACUGCUGCAUAGUAUUAGCGGAAUGAGCAUUGUGGUAGAAAAUUCAGUGUUUGUUUUCAGUUUGACGUUUUCAUGUGUUGUGAAUUCUUUUCUUUAUUCAAUUUCCUCUCACCUAGCUAAAACUCCUACGCUAAUAAAGGACAAAAUCUUGUCUGCCUAGCUCAAAGGCUUUGAGCUUUCAUGUCAUCUUUCAGUAAAUAAUUCUUCACUGUUACAUUUGUACACACCAGAACAUCUCACAGUGAAAUAAUAAUGUAAUAGCUACUCAUAAUAAAUUAAGCUGGUACCAAUCUCUUUGCAUCUGUAGAUCUUUAAAAACAUGUUAGUCUCUCCAAUGGAACUAUAUGAUGACUUAGAAUAGAGAUUUAGCUUUACAGAUUUAUUUUAAGAAGCCUAAAAUUUUGCUGUAUUUUUAACAUGAAGAAUAUACUUACAGUUGGGAAUUACUCUUUCAAGAAACAUUAGGAUGCCUUUGCUAAUCUCUUUGGGGAGAGGAAUGUCUUAAUAUGCUUGCACUAACAGUUACGUUUUUCUUUUGUUUGCAUAUAAUAAGAUUCUUUCUGAAUAUUUAAGAAUAUUUCUGAUGCCAGUGGAAAACUGGCAUGUGGCAGAAUAAAUUGUGGUAAUUGUUAAUGUAUGGCUUAAAGAAAAAAAAUACUGUUGGGAACCUGAAUACAACUGAGCUUAAUUUAUAACCUUCACCUGUGUUCAACAUAGGUGCUUGCAAAGCUGUAAUAAUUUUAAAUGUACUUAAUAAGAAUAACGUAAUGCAACUGUAUUUUUGGUCUUGCUCUGCUUUGUGUUGAAAGAGGAGACUGUCACAUGACCUACAUAAAAAUACGAUGGAGCAGGA